AUGGCUUCCAUGGAUUACGAGAACGAGAACGGCACUCGGUUUGAGGACGAAGCUCCUCGUUACGAGCGCGAUCGCAGUGCAUCUCCUCGCCCGACACGCCGCAACGACAGCCCACGAGGUGGUCCUCGCCGAUCCGCCUCACCCAAUGGCAAUGAUCAUAUGGACAGCCGUGGCCCUCCAAAGAACGACCGUGGUGCUCCCCAGGAUGAUGGUGCCGUGAACCCAGGCUCCAACCUGUUUGUUACUGGUAUCCAUCCUCGUCUUUCUGAGCCCGAGGUCACUCGUCUUUUCCAGAAAUAUGGUGAAGUCGAGAAAUGCCAGAUCAUGCUUGAUCCUCACACCAAGGAGUCUCGUGGCUUCGGCUUCGUCAAGAUGGACACCGCCGAGCAGGCCGAUGCAGCGAAGGAAGGACUCCAGGGCGAGGUUAUUGAGGGCCGAACUUUGAGCAUUGAGAAGGCUCGUCGUUCCCGUCCCCGUACCCCAACUCCUGGCAAGUACUUCGGCCCACCCAAGCGUGAAGAGGACCCGCGAUCUGGGCCCGGUGGACGGUAUAACGAUCGUUAUGAUGACCGCCGCCGGGGAGGUGGCUAUGGACGCCACGACGACUAUCGCCGUGACGACCGCCGCGACCGGGGUUACGGCCGUGAUCGUGAUGAUUACGCUCCUCGUGGAGUCGAUCGCUAUGCCCGUGACGACCGAUACAGCAGCCGUGGUGGCGAUGACCGACGUGGAGGUGGUGGAGGAUACUCUGACCGUUAUGAUAGAGGUGAUCGCGGCUCAGCUCGCGAUGGCCCGCCAGCAGCCGCCUAUGGCGACCCAGCCCCUCGUGGAGAAGGUCGGGAGCCAUACGGAGGUAGAAACUACGAUGCUGAGAGAUUCUCCCGUCGUGAAUAUUAA